AUGUCUAUGGCCAUGGCCGUGUCUAUGAGUGAUAGCUCCGACGCGAUCAACGUCACUGAUCUUCCUCUGUCCAACCCCCCGCUGCGGCAGCGACGCCUUGCGAGUAUGGCCAUUAUCUACACCACCUGGUACUACCUAGCAGCCAUUGGCGUUGCCGCGCUCGUCUACCCCUCUCGUCGGUAUCACAACCGCAAAGCGCACGAGGCAAGUCCGACGGCUGCAAAGUCGCCGUUCGCGCGUAAGGUGCCGGUGCUGAUCUGCGUGGCCGGUUACCGACACCUAAAGGGGUGCGCUGCUGACUGA